UAAAACGAAUACAAAGUUAUAUUCACUGUUAUAGAAAAAAAUAUCCGCAUGCUGAAUAUCGAAUAACAGUGUUAUGUAUAUACGUUUUUCCGAUAUAAAUAUUAACACAUGUCUGUGAAUUUAUUGAUUGAUACAUGGAUAUAUCAAUCCAAUAUACAAGUAGCAUACUUAAAAUGAUUCAUGAAAACCCAGGAAAGUAAAUCAGUAACUUAAAAGGAAGUGACAAAAAUAUGAAAGAAAAAUAUAAACAAACAAAAAUCAUAAUUGGAGUGAAUCUGGUAUUCUAGGACGGAUGUUAUAUGGUAAACUUGAAAGCACUGCACUAUUAUUAAGUUACAGCAGACUGGUGACGUAAUAGCAGCCGAAAUAUGGCGGAAUUUCCCGAUCUCGACUCGACAUGGUCUUGGAUUGUAAUGGUUGCUAUUUUUGUGGCAUUGUCUGUUAUCGGUGGCACGAAUUAUACAGUGGGACUGGUACACAACAUUUUACUCGAGAAAUAUAACGAAACUCAGACUACAACUGCAUGGGUAGGAGCUGUCCAUACAUCGAUAUCAAAUUUAGCAGCUCCACUCUCCAGCGCACUUAUCGACCAUUUUAGUGUUCGAACCGCAAUGAUGACAGGUGGCCUGCUUUAUACAAUCGGGUUUCUGUCCACAGCAUUUGCUCCAAACAUUAGUCUGUCUGUCUUGACCUUUGGGGUAAUUGCAGGUCUUGGUGGAGCUAGCGGAUGGACAGCAAGUAUGAUUGCACCUAAUUCCAUUUUCAAAAAAUACAGAAAUAUCGCCCAGGGAAUUUCGUUUUCGGUAUAGGAGCAGGAAUGUUGGCGUUCCACCAAUCAUAUCAU